AAAUUAAAGGAGCACGACAUGGCACAUUAGUCGAGAUUGCGCUUAAAUGCCUUGGGGGUUGGGCUUGCGACUACGCGCUCUGUAAGGUGUGGUACACUGGUAACCUGGUCGGCAGGUUACGCUGUCUUAGGUUUUACAAAGAAAAAACAAUUUACAUCCACAACCGUACAAAGCUAUUUACUAUUCAUCAAGUGAGUCUGCCAUCCCCACACCACAACAACCAGUCCAUGCGGCUCUUCACAGCCACUGAAGCAGCCGUGCCUUCCCUCAUCCGCCACGUCUUGAUCGCCUCCACUACUUCUAACCCAGGCCCAUUUGGGUUUUCCGCCGCUCGCAAUGGCAUCGGUAUCGCAGGACUCUCAGCCAAUGUUCCAAUGGCACUUCAACGAGUUCGAUGAUCGUGGCUUCGAAGUCCGCGGCCGCACCUUCUUCCUCAUCGUCAUCCUCUUCUCCGUUCUACUGCUAUUCAUUCUCCUCUUCCUCUACGCCCGCUGGAUCUACCUGUACAGCCACCUCCCCUUCCCCAACCCUCCUGUACCGCAGCCGGCUCCUCGGGGGCUCGACCCGUCCACCAUUAAAAGCUUGCCCAUAAUCCCGCUCCGGUCAUUGGAAGCUCCGAACUCAACGGCACAAGCCGAGUGUUGUAUAUGCCUUGGUGUGUUCGAAGAUGGCGAGAAGGUUAAGGUUUUGCCACCUUGCCGACAUUGUUAUCAUUCCGAGUGCGUCGACAGGUGGUUGAGCGGUCACUCGAGUUGCCCAUUGUGUAGAGCUUCUCUGGGAGUGGACGCGCAGGUUGAAUCGGCCGUUCCACAAACGAAUUACCUCCCAUGAACAAAGUAGCCUUUAAAACUAGCUGUUAAAAUGGAGUGUUUGCUCUGUGGUAUAAUUAUUCGAAGUCAUAGCUAGCAAAACGUUGUAAGGAUUGGUGUGUGGUGCUGUUCAUUGCAUCAUUGUAUUUUUCAUCUGAAAGCCUUUCUGUUUUGCACUUUGUCUGGUUUUUCAGCUUUCCUGUGGACUACAGUUGUUGUUUUUA